CACUCCAGUACAGUAGAUGGCGGAAACGCACCUUAAAAUGUUUUAGAUGCCACUAACUUCACACGAGAGCGGAUUCUGGAAGUGCUGCGCUGGUUGUUUACAGCAGAUGAACAGGAGACUGUGAGUGAUACGUCACUGAUCAGCCAAGACUUCUAUUCAGAAGAGUCGGAGGAAAUGGAUCACUGUUAUGCAUUAACCGCAGACACACUACAAACUCUGCCAAUGAAGCGAAAGAAGUCCGACGUUAAGAAAAGAGAAAGAGACAGACUGAGACAGAAGAACAGAGUAAACAUCGGCGUGGCCUAUUCCAGAUGGAAAGCGCUGAAAGUGGAGAAAGGCAUGAAGAACGACGCGGAGGUUGCUUGUUACCUGCUGGACAGGGUGUGUGGCGGGCAUCUUUUGCAAGACAAAUCCAGUGGGUCUUUGAGAAAGAGAGCAAGACCCCAGAAAUCAACAUAUGUAUCUGUGCCACGGACUGAGAGGAUUCUGAGGGAUUCACCUCCGCCCAGUUGGGACACCCAGUCAGACACUGAAUCCAUGCCUAGUCCAGACCCCCAGUCCACAAACAUUGAGGUCCUUGGGAUCUGCUAUGACCUCCCUCCCCUUUGGCCAUAUCAACCAGAGAAACAAGUACAGCCUGAACAACUAAUAGAGGAUGGAUAUGACCCAGAUGUCAGGAUGGGUUACACAGAGGAACAAAACCGUACGAUGGGGCAUAGUUCAUCUUCAAGCACUACAGAGGAAGACAGCGCAGAGCACUACGAGGAAAGAAAGGAUGAACUCACAGAGACUGCCCUGCGAUUGGAGGAACGUUUAAUCACCAUGAGAUCUUUGUCUGAUGCUGCAUCUGAUUGCAUUUCAAUGACAAGAGGAAUAGUAGAUCAGAAGGACAGAAAAUGGGCGGUCAACAAAUCCAGUUUGACAGGACUGUUCAGAACUUGCCAUCAGUGUGGAGAACCGGUUCUGAAAUUUAAAACAUUAACAUCCGGGAGUCUGAUUCGGAUUCAGUGGGAAUGCUCAAAGGGACAUCUCAUGUGGCUCUUUCCCAACCACAACCCAACAUAACACACACCGAAACCAGACGGGGAUGAAUGUGCAUCUAUAUUUAUUCGAUUGUGUAUCUAUAUUUAUUAAAACGUGAAUAUAAAAGAAAUAAAAGCUUCUACUUUGG